UUUGGCCUGGCAGCUGCUCCGCUCGAUGUUUCUGGGAUCUACUGGUCCCGGUUGUACACCUGACGUGAGAUUAGACAUUGCGUUAGCGCCAAAAACAGAGAUUUGUUUCCAUGAAGGUUUUUCUAUUCUAAAGGGUGGGUUGCUAAUAUCACUGUGGAUGCUCCCAAUGGCUUUCAAACAAGUACAGCCUGUGGGGUUAGCUUGGGUUCUGAGAAGAAGAACGUGCAUCUCUUGUGCAGAUAAUGUUGUUAAGGAUCGAGUCCAUGCCUGCACUUCGUCUGCUCUGCAGCACCACUGCCAACGACCCGCAAUCGCAAAAAAUAAACUUCAAAUUUUCGCAAAUAAAAUUCACCCACAGUAUCAGACACUAUCAGUUCACACCAACACUGUUUGUUUAUUUUCAACAAAUCGCCAAAUAUGCAUAAAGGACCAGAGCAAUCAGCCCACCAUCUGUAAUCCUAAAGCAGCACUGUCGUUCACCGUGGAGGCGCAGACAGCUGUGGACAUGUGGUCACUCAGCCUUGGAGCUGUGGGUGCUGCCAUUGCUGGUUUAUUUCUAGCUAACACAGAUUUUUUCCUCACCAAGCCCGACUUUGCCACUCUAGAGUACCUGGAGGAUGCUGACCUAAAAACCACUGAAGGAGAUGAAAAGGUUUUGAAAGCUAGAACUCUGUGGGAGACAUCUGGAGCAGUGAUCAUGUCUGUACGACGGCCUGGGUGAUUUUUGUGCAGAGAGGAAGCUGCUGAGCUAUCCUCUCUGAAGCCCCAGCUGGACAAGCUUGGGGUUCCUUUGUAUGCUGUGGUCAAAGAGAGCAUUGGUACAGAGGUUCAUGAUUUUAAACCACACUUUGAUGGAGAUAUCUUUGUGGAUGAGAAGCGAGUGUUCUAUGGGCCCAUGCGGAGGAAAUUGGGUGGUCUUGGCUUCAUUCGUCUGGGGGUUUGGCAGAAUUUCAUCAGGGCCUGGAGGUCAGGUUAUGAGGGAAACAUGAAUGGAGAGGGCUUCAUUUUGGGCGGUGUCUUUGUCAUUGGAUCUGGCAAGCAGGGAGUUCUUCUGGAACAUCGGGAGAAGGAGUUUGGAAACAAAGUGAAUAUUGAAUCUGUCAUGGAGGCAGCUAAGAGAAUAGUAGUUCAGAAGUAGAUUACUUUUUGCUUGCUUAGUCAUUUAGGGAUUAAUUGUAGGUUAAGCAGGUUUUUAAAACAGAACAAAACAGUACUGUCUUGAAAUAUUAAAUAAUUUCAUUUUUGAACUAACUGAUCAAACAUUUAUACAAUCUAAUUAAUUCUACUAAUGUGAAUGCGUCCGAAUUGACACAAAUGAGUCACUGUACAGACAAAAGUACAAAGUGCGUUAGUAAUGGUGUUUACCAGUGCCGUAUUUGCACCAUUCUGGUACAUAGUUCUUGUUGUUUGGGAAGAAAAAGGGGGGGGGAGUUCCCAGUCAGAUUCUGCUUGACGUCUACUAUGUGACUGUGCCAAGGUUUGUGUGUUUUAAUGAUGGUCUGACUCUAAACCCCUCAGUGAAUGAGCAGACUUGAGGCUUAACAUACUUUCCUGCCAUCACAUUUUUAGACAGCCAGCAGGUCUGAAAGUGGAGUGUGCUAUUUAAAAAAAAUAAAACAACAAAAAAAAAAAAAAAAAA